AUGAUGAAAAUAAGUCGCAUAGUUUUCCGAUCCUCUUUCAUUCUCCUUCUCUUGGUCUCCAUGAAAUAUUCCAUCCCGUAUAAAUCCGGUGAGGAUAAUAAGCCCACUGACGACUCAUCCGAUAUGCCAUCCGAGCCCACUGGAGGUAGCGGCUCGGCCCAUGGGCAAAAUUGGGCCUAUAGAUGGGGCUGGGGCGCGAGCCCAACAUCCGGAUGGGGUUACGGGUCGGGCUGGGGUAGAUCCUCUAAUGGGUAUGCAAGGGGAACCGGCUUUGGGUUUGGUUCGGGCUCUGGAUCCGGGUCGGGUUCUGGCUAUGGCUAUGGUAGCGGCGGUGCUCGUGGAGAAGGCCAUGGAAGUGGCGGAGGCGGCGGCUCUGGCGGAAAAGACAACAACCAAGGAUGA